CCGGCAUGCCCAAUGUUUGCACCAGUCAAGAACUGGUGAUGGUCAGUCGCCUGCAGCCGCGGAUCCGGCCCUUCCCCCAGCGGGUCCAAGUGUGGAAACCAGGUUGUGGAAGACACCCGUGGUGUGCAAGCUACGAUCGGAGGGUGCUGUAUUAUACAGACCACCGUCACGUUUACAGCCUGCAAUCUCAGACAGCCCACCGAUGCUGCUCGGGCUGGUCCCAGCUGGGCGAAGAAGCCGGCUGCCUGCACCCCGUGUGCAAUGAUGGCGUGUGCUUCCACGGAGGCCAGCCUGCUGAGGGAGCCCCUCGAGUUUGUCGCUGCCCUUCAGGCUUUCGAGGAUCCUGCUGCCAAUAUGAUGUCGAUGAGUGUGAAGCUGGAAAUGGCGGCUGUCAAUCACAGUGCUGCAACACUAUGGGGAGUUACUACUGCAAAUGCCCCCAAGGCCUGAAGCUGAAGGACGAUGAGAAAACCUGCGCAGAUGUUGACGAGUGCCAAGCUCACAACGGCGGCUGCCAGCACAGAUGUGUGAACACCCCGGGGAGCUAUUACUGCGAAUGCAAGCCGGGCUUUCGUCUGCACGCUGACGGCAGGACGUGCCUCCCUGGAAACCCCUGUGCCAUCAACAACGGGGGGUGUGAACACAAUUGCGUGCAGCUCAGCGUCUCGCAGCACCGGUGCCAAUGUCGGCCGACUUACCAGCUGAAAGAGGACGGGAAACAUUGCGUGGUGAGAAACCCGUGCGCCACUCAGAACGGAGCGUGCAUGCACAAAUGCCAGAAUCAUCACGGGGUGGCGCGUUGCGAAUGCCACCCUGGCUACCGCCUGGGGCCAGACCGCAAAACCUGCAAAGACAUAGACGAAUGCGCGACAGGCGUGGCGGCGUGCACACACGUGUGUCUGAAUACUCGUGGUUCCUAUCAAUGUGCGUGCAACUUCGGCUACGAGCUCGGGACGGAGGGCAAGCAGUGUUACCGAAUAGAAAUGGAAAUUGUGAAUAGCUGUGAAACUAACAACGGGGGCUGUUCCCAUCUGUGCCAUCACACCACCUCUGGUCCGGUCUGUGGCUGCAAUUUCGGAUACAGCCUGGAUGAAGACGAGAAAACUUGCAUCGAUGCCGACGAAUGUGGCGCCGGGUCUCACUGCUGCCAGCAAGGUUGCUACAACUAUCCGGGGGGUUACGAGUGUGUUUGCAACGCCGGCUACAAGCUCAACCCUGCGGGCUGCGCCUGCGACGAUCUGGACGAAUGCUCUGCGAAUAACGGCGGCUGCGAACAUUUUUGCCAGAACCUGGUCGGUUCGUUUCUCUGUAGCUGCCGGAUCGGGUUCAAACUAGACGAAGAUCGCAGAAGCUGCCUUGCCCUCGAGGAUCCGGUGGAGGCCUCGGACGGCCGGCGUGCGAUCGUCCGUCCGCUCCCCCACGUGGCAGUUUUCCAGGAUGAGCUCACCCAACUUUUUGAUGAAGAAUAUGACGAAGAGGCGGAAGAGAUGGAGGCGAGAGGAGAACACACGCUCGCUGAGAAAUUCAUCUGCCUGGAUGACACCUUUGGCCCCGACUGCAGCCUGUUGUGCGAGGAGUGCCAGAACGGAGGCCAGUGCAACGAGCAGGGGACAGGCUGCGUCUGUGCGGACGGAUGGACCGGGAUCCUGUGCAACCAGACCUGCCCAGAAGGGACGUUUGGGAAGAACUGCAGCUCCCUUUGUCUCUGCCAAAAUGGAGGCAGCUGCGACCCGGUGAGGGGAGCCUGCCACUGUCCCCCUGGAGCCACCGGGAACCUGUGCGAAGAUGUCUGCCCAAAAGGAUAUUUUGGAAAGCAGUGCCAGAAGAAAUGCCAUUGUGCCAACAGGGGACGCUGCCACCGGGUUUUUGGCACCUGUCUCUGCGAUCCGGGACUCUACGGGCGCUUUUGUCACCUAGCUUGCCCAAAAUGGGCGUUCGGGAUUGGUUGUUCUGGAGAGUGCCAGUGCGUGCAAGCCAACACCCAACGCUGCGACAAGCGAGAUGGCAGCUGCGUGUGCAAGGCGGGCUACCAUGGUGAAAGGUGCCAAGCGAAGUGCGACCUGGGCCGUUACGGGCCAGGGUGUAGGCACAAGUGUAACUGCCCCUCUGGCGUGCCCUGUGACCACGUGAGCGGAGAAUGUCACCAGCAGUGUGCCGAGGGCUAUUACGGAGAGGACUGCCAGCAAGAGUGCCCUGAAGGGAAAUUUGGCGUGAAUUGCCUUCAUUCCUGUUCCUGUAAUGGUUCUUCUUGCAGCCGGUUCACUGGGGAAUGCCACUGUGUGGCUGGCAAGACGGGGCUGGCUUGCGACCAAGAUUGUCCUGAAGGCCACUGGGGAGAUGGUUGUCAGCAAAUUUGUCCACAGUGCCAAAAUAAUGCCGGUUGUGACCCGGCCACUGGGGCCUGCUUAUGUCCUUCUGGAUACACAGGGAGCCGUUGCCAAGAGAUGUGCCCACCUGGCUGGUUUGGGCAAGGAUGUCAACUCCAGUGCAACUGCGACAACGGAGGGGACUGCGAUCCCCAAACGGGGAAGUGUAGCUGUGCCCCUGGGUGGACUGGCUACCGAUGCCAAAGAGCCUGCGACCCAGGCCUCUGGGGUCCGGACUGUGCCCGCCCAUGUAACUGCUCUGGGGGAGACGGCACCUGCAGCGCCCUGACGGGGCAGUGCCUCUGCGAAGCCGGCUACGUCGGCAGGCGUUGCGAUCAGAAGUGUCCCGAAGGCUGGUUUGGUUCCAGUUGCCGCCAGAGAUGCCAGUGCGACCACCAAGGAUCCUGUGACCACGUCAGCGGUGUGUGUACCUGCACUCCAGGCUGGAGAGGAACAUUUUGUGAGCGGGCUUGUCCCGACGGCUUUUAUGGGAUGGAGUGCCGGCUGGCGUGCCGCUGCCUCAAUGGUGCCCACUGUGAUCCUGUGACCGGCCGCUGCCGCUGCGCCACAGGCUGGAUCGGGCCACACUGCAACCAGACUUGUCCGGCUCACCGCUAUGGUGAGAACUGCAGCCAGGAGUGCCGCUGUGCCAACGGAGCCUCAUGCCACCCCGUCACGGGACAAUGCCUCUGCGCACCAGGAUGGGUUGGCGCUACCUGCCAGCAAGGAUGCCCGCGGGGGUUCCACGGACUCGCCUGCCAGCAAGAGUGUCUCUGUCAAAACGGCGGAUCCUGCGAUCCAGUUUCUGGCCGCUGCACGUGUCCAGAAGGGUGGGUUGGACUGGCUUGCGAGCUGGAGUGCGUCCAAGGAAAAUACGGGCCGGGUUGCCGAGAAAGCUGCAACUGUAUUAAUGGAGGCCGGUGCGACCGGCAGAGCGGGCGUUGCCUUUGCCGUGAUGGUUGGACCGGUGAGAAGUGCCAGAAAGCUUGUCCUGAAGGAACGUACGGGAAACAGUGCAAGGAAACGUGUGACUGCGAAGAUGGGGUCUCGUGCAAUCACGUCACGGGGGCUUGUGACUGCCCCCCAGGAUGGCGAGGAUCCCGUUGUGAGAAAGCCUGCCUGCCCGGUUCGUUUGGGACGGGGUGUGCCGCGAAGUGCGACUGUCCGGCGGGGUCUCCUUGCAACCACAUCACCGGCCAGUGCGGGUGUCCCCCCGGCUUCACGGGCCACGGGUGUGAGCAGCCCUGUACCCCUGGCACCUUUGGCCCGGACUGUGCUCGCAUUUGCCAGUGCGCCGGCAUGAACCACGACUGCCACCCGGUGACCGGGAAAUGCCUCUGCGCCCCGGGAUACCACGGCAGCGGCUGUCAGCAGAAAUGUCCGUCGGGGCGCUACGGGCCGAAUUGCGAGAGGGCGUGCGGGUGCAAGAAUGGAGGACAGUGUGUGACCACGACAGGGGCGUGCCGGUGCCCAGCUGGAUACAUCGGAGCGGACUGUAGCAUAGCUUGCCCAAGGGGACGCUACGGCCCUGACUGUGCCCUUCGGUGUCCCUGCGCCGUAAAUGCCACCUGUCACCCCGUGUCCGGUUCCUGCCUUUGCCCACCGGGCAAAACCGGUCCCAGAUGUGAAAACGGGUGCCCCCCAAACCGUUACGGCUCCGACUGCCGCCAGACCUGCGCCUGCCGAAAUGGAGGAAUCUGCCUGCCGGAAGAUGGAUCCUGCCUCUGUAGGCUCGGCUGGACCGGGGUCUUUUGCGAAACAGGAUGCUCCUCAGGGAAAUAUGGGGCCAACUGUCAGCUGAACUGCACUUGCCAAAGCAACGGGACCUGCGAUCCGGUCACGGGGGCCUGCCAGUGCGGGAAAGGCCGUUACGGGAGCCGGUGUGAGCACACCUGCCCCGCUGGAUUCCACGGGGUCGGAUGCCAAGAACAGUGCGACUGCCAAAACGGAGCAUCGUGCAAUCCGGGAUCCGGGGAAUGUCUUUGUCCUCCAGGGUUCCACGGCCACCACUGUGAAAAAGGCUGCGAUGCAGGGCGAUACGGACAGAAAUGCCAGCGCUUGUGUGAUUGUGAAGGCAAAGCCCCGUGCGAGCCCUCCACCGGCCGCUGUCUCUGCCCUCCGGGGAAAACAGGAGCUAAGUGUGACGUGGACUGCCAGCUCAGAAAAUUUGGCCCGGACUGUUCUCAAACCUGCGAAUGUUCCUCGGCUAACGCCUUCUGCAAUGCCCAGAAUGGACGGUGUGCGUGUCUUCACGGAUACAUAGGAAUGACAUGUCGAGAAGGAGGCCCACCUCAACUGAUAGCCAACGCAAGGGAAGAAGCCGGGCACAGUUCGGUGAAGCACUAGGCAGCCACGCCUUUCCUCCAAAGAAGGUUACCAGGACGCUAUAAAAUACCGACGUUUGAGAUUUGCCCGAUUCUGGCAUUUAUCGGAAGGCGCUUAUGAAUUGGCACAUCAAAAAGGGAGCCUUGGGCCAAUGUGCUUCGCCGAAAACAGCAACGUGGCUC